GUCAACGCACCGCGCCACAGGGCUGCAUCAUCUCGGCGCGCCGCUGCCGGGGCUCUACACUUGGCGAUUGCCAUGGCGGAGGUGGGCCGGGUCGCGGUCAGCGACCCAGGCGCGCUGCUCCCACGGGGCUUCUGGGCUGCGGUGGAGGUGUGGCUGGAAAGGCCGCAUGUGGCCAACAAACGGCUGUGCGGCGCCCGCCUGGAUGCCCGCCGGAGCGCCACCCUGCCCAGCGCUGAGGCCUGCGGCCAGGGGACGAGCGCAGGCCCGGAGCAGAAGGAGCGGGGUCCGGGACCCGGCCAAGGUUCCCCCGGAGAGGGCCCGGGCCCCAGGCCGCCAUCAGGACCCAAGCAGGGCACGGCGUGUUGCGAAAGUGAGGAGGCCCAGGGCCAGUGCCAGCAAGAGGAGGCACAGAGGGAAGCCGCCUCAGCGCCCUUGCGAGACCCCGGGCACCCCGGCCAUAUUGAAGGAGAGGAGGGCGACUUCCCCGCCGCGGAUCUGGAUUCGCUCUGGGACGAUUUCUCCCGAAGUCUCGCCCGUGGCAAUUCGAAGCUGCUGUCCUUCCUCACCUGCUCCGGGGCGGGAUCGCAGCCAGAGGCGCAGCGUGAGCUCGACGUGGUUCUCAGAACCGUCAUCCCGAAAACUGGCCCUCAGUGCCCGAUUACAGCUCCCAGGAGGGAAAUGGUUGUGCAAGAUGUCCUCAAUGGAACUGUAACGUUUUUGCCUUUGGAAGAAGAUGAUGAGGGGAACUUAAAGGUUGAGAUGAGCAAUGUGUAUCAGAUUCAGCUGAGUCACAGCAGAGGCGAAUGGUUCAUAUCUGUUUUAAUUUUCUGUCCAGAAAGAUGGCAUUCAGAUGGAAUUGUAUAUCCCAAACCCACGUGGCUUGGAGAACAGCUGCCGGCCAAGCUGGCCAGGUGGUGUGUACAGAACAGGAAGAGUGGCUUUAAGAGCACCCUUUCCCUCAUCUCCAUAAUGAAGUACAGCAAGGCUUACCAGGAGCUUAAGGAGAAGUAUAAGGAAAUGGUUAAGGUGUGGCCUGAAGUAACUGACCCUGAGAAGUUUGUGUAUGAAGACGUAGCUAUUGCAGCGUACCUGCUGAUUCUAUGGGAAGAAGAAAGGGCUGAGCGGGGACUAACUGCCAGGCAGUCCUUCAUUGACCUGGGAUGCGGAAAUGGCCUCCUGGUCCACAUCCUGAGCAGCGAGGGGCAUCCAGGCAGAGGGAUUGAUGUCCGAAGAAGAAAAAUCUGGGACAUGUAUGGACCGCAAACUCGGUUAGAGGAAGAUGCAAUCACACCCAACGAUAAGACCCUUUUCCCUGAUGUUGAUUGGCUAAUCGGUAACCAUUCUGAUGAACUCACACCGUGGAUACCUGUCAUCGCGGCCAGGUCUGCCUACAACUGCUGCUUCUUUGUCCUCCCCUGCUGCUGCUUUGACUUUGUUGGAAAAUACCGCCGGAGGCAGAGUAAGAAGACUCAGUACCGGGAGUACCUUGACUUCAUUAAGGAAGUGGGCUCCGCCUGUGGGUUCCACGUGGAGGAAGACUGCCUGAGGAUUCCUUCAACCAAAAGAGUCUGUCUCGUUGGGAAAUCCAGAACAUACCCUCCCUCCAGAGAAGCUUCCAUGGAUGAGAAGAGGACUCAGUACAUUAACAGCAGGCAGGGCCGCCCUGUAAGCCCACCUGGCCAAGGGCUUUCCCCUUCUCCACCCCAGGUUGCUUUUGGCAGCACUGGUCACUGCGACGGUCACCAAGCUCUGGACGCCGGGGUUGGGUGUGUACCUGGGGCCCAGGCUGCUGAGCAUAGAUCAGGACCUCAGACUGGAGGACCCUGGCUACCUGGAUUUCAUCCCAGAGAAAAGACUGAGCGUGUGAGGAACUGUGCUGCCCUCCCUCGAGACUUCAUUGACCAAGUGGUUUUGCAAGUGGCGAAUUUACUAUUAGGUGGAAAGCAAUCAAACACAAGAAGUUCUCGAAAUGGGAGUGUGAAGACCUGGAAUGGGGGAGAGAGCCUUUCCCUGGCAGAAGUAGCCAGUGCGCUGGACGCGGAGACCCUGCGGCGGCUGAAGCGGGAGUGUGGGGGGCUGCAGACGCUGCUCCGGAACAGCCACCAGGUGUUCCGAGUGGUGAAUGGGCGAGUUCACAUCCGUGACUGGAGAGAGGAGACGCCGCGGAAGACAAAGCCGCCAGCAGCGAAGCGGAGACUGCUCUCCGAAGCCUGCAAAACCCGCCUCUGCUGGUUCUUCAUGCAUCACCCUGACGGCUGUGCUCUGUCCGCGGACUGCUGCCUGUUUGCCCACGGGCCUGCGGAGCUGCGGCUGCCCCAGACCCGGAGGAAGAAGACUCUGUGAGCUGCAUCCUGGUCGGGGAGGCCACACCAGGGAGAACUUCGCCAGCAAUCCUCAGCGCUGCCGUCUCUGCACUGGCCACGUUUCAGCCCACCUCCUCCCACCUUCUUUAGACCCGCACCUUCCUCCCUCCUCCACGAGACCUUCCUCCCCACAAAUACUGCAGCAGUUCUUAGUCCUUCUAGAAAAAAAAAUCCUGAUUUGUUUCUCUUUUAUUUUCAUUAAGAGAUGGGGUCUCCAUCCCUCGCCCAGGCUGGAAUGCAGUGGCAUGAUCACAGCUCACUGCAGCUUCGAACUCCUGGGCUCAAGCCAUCCUUCUGCCUCGGCCUGUGAAGUAGCCGGGACCGUAGAUGCACGCCACCAUGCCUGGCCAACUUUGAAAAUGUUGGAGGUGGCGUCUCUCUGUGCUGCCCAGGCUGGCCUUGAACUCCUGGGCUGGAAUGAGCCUCUCGCCUCAGCCUCCCACAGAGCUGGCAUUCCAGCCGUGAGCCAUGGCGUCUGGCCCCUGAUGUUUCUGUUUAAAGUUCCUCCCGUGGUUUUAUACAAAAAGGCAUAUGCAAUCCACACUGUUGUGCCUUUGGCUCCCUGUGUCCCCUGUGCCUCUCGGUUGGGAGCAUCCGCCUGGUUAUUUGCAUCAGCCUGUGGCAUUCCGUGGCGGUGCUGCUUUCAUCAUUCCUGAGCAGUGAUGAUCAACAGGCACCUGCUCUGAAGGCACCUCGGCUCUGCGGCACCACAGGGCGGCGCUGCCAUGGGCCCUGGAGUUCCCAGUCAGUCCCAGAGCCUAGAGCCCAGGCGAGAGAUGUGCCAGGAGGUGCCUUCAUUUUACGCAGGAAGGGUCUGCCCUUCAUGUUACUGGGAGACUGGCACUCCGUGGCCCCUUGGGGCAGGCCCCAGUUGGUUGAGCAGCUGCAGGUCUGACUAGUUGAGGCACAAGGGGGCUCUGCUGGGGCCUCUGGGGUCCCCCACACUGGGAAGUUCUCCAUGCAGGGGUCACCUGGUGCAGAAACCCGGAAGGAGCAGCCAGGAGCUCAGUACUGCGGGUGGUGGAGCAGGGAGAUGGGAAGAAGUCUCUUCCCAAUGAUGUGUCUGGGUCCGAGGGAGUCACAGAGCCGUGUCACUCCCCCAGCCACUGUUAGGCCAGAGGAGGCGUCCUCCUGCCAAGCCAUGCCAUGGUGUUGAGGUUUUGCUGCUCAGCACACCCAGGGUGACGCACUUGAGGACAAGCCACCUGAUGCCCCCAGCCCCACAUUGUUGCCAGAGCUCUCCCUGCAGCAGGAAGGGCUGAUCCCAACCUCAGAGGGGCUUGGGGUGACAUCAAGGGAUGGCAGAGCAGGGAAUGUAGGGAGCCCGGCCCUGAGGAACAGCCCUGCUAUUGCUUCCUGGAAGCGGCGCACUUCCUGAGCUGAGCCCAGGACUCCACCCAAGCCUUGGGGCUGCCCGAGAUCUCCCAUGCCGGGUAUGCAGCCUCUGUCAGGCCCAGGAUAGCUCCAUGUGACUGAACCCUCCUUUCCCCUCCCCUCCCCAGGCCUCUCCCAAGUCCAGGGCACCUGCUUUAAUUUUCCAGUGGCCGCAGAGCCUUCUGUGCUUGGUGCUGCGGGACUCCAAACCUGGCUCUGGAGCUGAGUCCUGGUGAGGGUGGGUGACCCUGGGGAGGAUGAGCUCCCCAACACGCCCCAAGGACUCAAUCUCAAAGGAGCAUCAGAUGGGGCUGGGGGCAUGUGCAGUGACCUCAGCUCUCCCUCAUGGGGUCCUGCCGGGCCAAGAGCUCUACUGAGUGGGGCCCACCGUGCCCGUAGACCCCUCCAUGCUACCUGGCAUCCUCAUGUGGCAGAAGCAGUCUUUGUUGAGCACAUCACCUGACCUGACUUCUGGGUUCCAGGUACCAUUUCUUACUGCCUCCCUGGCACCACUGUGCCCUGUCCACUGGUCAUGUGACUGGGUGUCAGGCACAAUCUCCUUGCAGCAAUAAACAAUGAUCUGUGGGCGAAGGUGGGCAGAUAAGAGGCCUGGCAGGGGGCGCAGGUCUGGCAGCCUGGUGUGGCCAGCCUAGAGGGCUUCCUGGUGACUCCUAGGAGCUUGAGUGUCUCCCCUGGACGGGUGAGAUUGAGGGAAUGCCACGAAAGUGGGCAUGAGGGGCAAUCUCGCCAGGGGCACUGCAUCUGCACUGCCUGUCCAGACAGGUGCCAGGCAGGCACCAGGUCUCACUGGCUGGGGGGCAGCCUCUGUCCCCAGGCACCCUGGCUUGCCCCAUCUGCUGCAGAGGAGGCCUGUGGUGAGCCUUGUGUUCUUGGGACCUGUGUGACUGCAGCACCUUGGACUGGUGCUGGGGUUCAGACCCCAGGUCUCACAGGCCUUGGCUCAUGGCAUGGCCAAACCCUGAGGUCUGUCGGGGUUGUCAGGGCAGGCUUCCUGGAGGAGGGGCUGCGGUUGCGCAUUUUCCCUCUCAUCCUGCCACCCACUAGGGCUACUCUCCAGGGCCACAACUGUCACAGAACGAGGAAUCCGGACCUCGACAGAACAGCCUGGUGUGGACGAGAGUCCCAGGGGAGAGGCCAAGACCUCUGCUGACUUGCCCCCAGCUCAUUUCUGUGUGACCCUCCCUUUCUGGUGUUUUUGCUCAGAAGACUGUGUUGUGGACCUCACGGUUCUGGGAAAAGGUGGUUCACAGGCAGGUCCGGUCACAUGUCACUGGAUAGUGCAGAUGCAUUCUGAGAAACUCGUGGUGAGGUGAUUCUGCCAUCCUACAUCAGAGUAUACCCCGCGCUCCCAAAAGACAGCCUGCUGCAUACCCAGGCUCCCGGACCCCAUGCCCCAUGGCACGCUGCUGUGCUGAGUGCUGUGGGCAGCUGUCACGAGACGUAAGUGUCUGUGUACCCAAACAUAGAAAAGGUACGGUGAAAAUACUGUGUAAAAGAUAAAGCAUGCUUCGGCUGUGGAGGGCACUCACCCUGAGGGGAGCCUGUGGACUAGACGGGGCUGUGGGUGUCGGGGAGGGAGUGGGGGUGCACGGAACCCUGCUGCAGACUUGAUGAACAGCACACCCAGGCCACACUCUGUUUAUUUAAAACAAAAUGUCCUCAGUGACACAUUAACCUGAGCAUCAAUUUGUAACUUUUUAAUUUUAUGAACUUUAAAAGCAUUUUUUGACACUUUUGUAAUAACACUAAGCUUAAAACACAAACACAUCGUACAGCUACACAAAGAUAUUUUUCCUUUUUUUUUUUUUGUUUUUAAUUUUGUGUUUUUGAGAAGGGGUCUUGUUGUAUCACCCAGGCUGGAGUGCAGUGACGCCACCUGGGAUCAUUGUAGCCUCAGCCUCCUGGGCUCAGUUGAUUUCCCACCUCAGUCCCCCAAGUAGCUGGGAUCACAGGCAUGCACCACUGCAUGCUGCCUAGACUGGCCUUGAACUACACUCAAGUGAGCUUCCUGCUGGGGUGGUGAGUAUCGGAGUUGCCAGUGGGAAAUCCACAUGGGUCUGCAGCAACCUUAACUUGCCUCCUUGGAAGAAAGAAUUCAACUGAGGGGUGUAAGAGAAAAAGGAGCCUGGGGCAAGUCUCAGAGCAGGAGUGGAAGUGUAUUAACAAGCUUUAGAGCAGGAAAGAAAAGAAAGUAAUGUUAAAACAUGAGCUCUGAAUGAAGAGACCCCCCCGAACAGGCUUUGUGUGAGCAACAUGGCUGUUUAGUCACCUGGGUGAGGGCGGGCUGAGUCCAAAAAGGGAGUCAGUGGAGGGCGGUGGGAUAGGGGUUGGUUUUAAAGGUUUGGGGAGGGCAGUGGAAAGUUACAGAAGUUACAGUUUAGGGUGGAUUCUUCAAGCUGGGAGGGGUGGUCAUAGGGUCUGGAGUCACAAGGUUGACCAAGGUCAGUUACAAAGUCCAAUUGCCUUGUCAAUUGCGGUGGGAACAAGGAAAGUUAAUUAGGCGCCGCAGGGGUUGGUCAUUUCUUCUCUUGUGGUUUUCCAGUUACUUCAGACUUUCUAGUUCCGGGAAGCCAUCCAGAGGUGUACGUGCAGGUCACGGGGGUCGCCAUGGUGUCCUUGGCACCGUCAGCCUAAAAGACCUUACAGGACACUUGGAAGAGACUCAAGUAGGCACUUUGGAGGUCAAGGGCAGCAUUUGACCUUUUGACUUGGGGUUUUAUAUGCUGGCGUGCUUCCAGGGCUUUGUGUCCCUUUUCCCGUGACUCUUUGCCCAGGGCAGGCUGCUGCAUGCACAGUGCCCUCCUUGCACUUGGGACGUGAGCAUCUGCAGCGCAGGGCGAUGAAGAGGUUGUACGAAUGUUCACCUGAGGCUUCAUCCCUUGUCCGGUGGGAUGCCCCCAGGAAGUCAGGCUCUGCCGUUUUAUCUCUUAAUGCGCAGGCUCCAGCCCACUCACCCAAUUCCUGAGAUUUUAUUGAAAGCUGCUGAUUACCAGUUUCAAGUGUCUUUACCUAUUGGAAAUUGCCUCUCCCUGGUGCCUGCCACCAAUGAUCAUUGAUAGAGAGGCAGUGCGACAACUGUGCGACCAUCACCUUGAGAACUAAACUCUUGAUUUUUUUAAAAUCUUGCUCAAAUUCCUAUCUAAGGGGUUUGGGGAGUCAUGCCCUACAAAUCAUAAAUUCUCAUAUGGGUUUUAUUUAACCCUGUAUAUCAUGACUGACUUUCCAACCCGACUCUGGCAUGACAUUACAAGUCAAUGAAGAAAAAUCAAAGCAUUUUACCUCCAAACGUGCUUCUUUGCCUUAAUUUGAAAUGGCUCUGCAAAGCUGUUCUUUGUGGGGGGAAAUUUGCAUCUGUAAAGAAUCUAUUAACUAACGAUCUUUUUCUUCCAGACAGACCCUCCCAAUUCUAAAGAGAUUGACUAGGAUCUGAAUAGGAAACAUUUGUCAUCUGUUGUCCCUGAGGGAAGACACUUAGACUUCAAAGAACUUUGGUCUCCACAAUCUUUACCUUAGCCUGAAUAUACCCUGUCAAUCCCAGGUCUUCAGACAAACUCAACCAAUUGUCAACCAGAAAAUGUUUAAAUUCACCAAUAGCCUGGAAGCUCCUCCCCGCUGCCUCCACCUUUGAGUUGUCCCACCUUUCUGGACCAAACCAAUGUAUUUUAAAAAUAUAUUUGAUUGAUGUCUCA